AUGAGGCAAAAAGAGAUUGCGUAUAAUUGCUCCUUGCAGCAUGUUAUUGCCAGUAGGCAAAUUGCUCUUUUAAUGAUGACUCUUCACAUUUCAGUUAGUAGUGUGUGUCAUCAUCUCCCAGACAAAAAUCUUGCUCAUCUCCUAGAGGCUAUCAGGCUUCAUGCUCUGGGAUUGGCAGGCUCUGAGGGUCUUGGAAUGAUUCCUUCAGGAGAAGAGUUCUACGGGAGCUCAGAGUUAAAUGAGCAGAACUACGAAGAUUAUUACAAAACAAGUUUGGAACCCACCAGAGUGCAGUGUGGAAGUUUGCUGCUGCCACCGGAGCUGCUCCUAUUGCUGGCCACUUUACACCUGCAACUAACCAGACCCUUCUGGGAGCCACGUUUUGUGGUUGUUACUGCUCCCAGUGCUGACCACCAGCCUCUCACAGAGGCGUCUUAUGUGAACUUGCCUAUCAUUGUUGUGUGUAAAACAGACUCUUCUCUGCGCUAUGCGGACAUUGCCAUCCUUGCAACACCAAGGGAGGCCAUUCAGUGGUUGUCUGAUUCCAAACUAAAUCCAACGCACUGUGGUGAAGACUUUGACCAGGCCCUGUUAUGACACAUUGUGAAGGAGUUCAAGAGGGAGACAGGGGUUGAUUUGACCAAAGACAACAUGGCACUGCAGAGAGUGAGAGAAGCUGCUGAGAAAGCCAAAUGUGAGCUCUCCUCAUCUGUGCAGACCGACAUCAACUUGCCAUAUCUUACAAUGGAUGCUUCUGGACCCAAGCAUUUGAACAUUAAGUUGACCCAAGCUCAAUUUGAGGGAAUUGUUGCAGAUCUGAUCAAGAGGACUAUGGCUCCAUGCCAGAAAUCUAUGCAAGAUGCAGAAGUUAGCAAGAGUGACAUAGGAGAAGUGAUUCUUGUUGGUGGCAUGACUAGGAUGCCCAAGGUCCAGCAGACUGUGCAGGAUCUUUUUGGCCGAGCCCCAGGUAAAGCUGUCAAUCCUGAUGAAGCUGUGGCUAUUGGAGUUGCUAUUCAAGGAGGCGUAUUGGCUGGUGAUGUCACAGAUGUGCUGCUCCUGGAUGUCACUCCCCUGUUUCUGGGUAUUGAGACUCUAGGAGGUGUCUUCACCAAGCUUAUUAACAGGAACACUAUUCCAACCAAAAAGAGCCAGGUGUUUUCUACUGCUGCUGAUGGGCAGACUCAAGUCAAGAUUAAAGUAUGUCAGGGGGAGAGAGAGAUGGCUGGAGACAACAAACUUCUUGGACAGUUCACUUUGAUUGGAAUUCCUCCAGCACCUCGAGGAGUCCCUCAGAUUGAAGUUACAUUUGAUAUCGAUGCCAAUGGGGUUGUACAUGUUUCUGUUAAAGAUAAGGGCACAGGACGUGAGCAGCAGAUUGUAAUCCAGUCUUCAGGUGGAUUAAGCAAAGAUGACAUUGAAAAUAUGGUUAAAAAUGCAGAAAAGUAUGCUGAUGAAGACCGGCCAAAGAAGGAACGGGUUGAAGCAGUUAAUAUGGCUGAAGGAAUCAUUCAUGACACAAAAACCAAGAUGGAAGAAUUCAAGGACCAGUUGCCUGCUGAUGAGUGUAACAAGCUAAAAGAAGAGAUUUCCAAAAUGAGGGAACUCCUGGCUCGAAAAGACAGCGAAACAGGAGAAAACAUUAGGCAGGCAACAUCUUCCCUUCAGCAGGCAUCACUGAAGCUCUUUGAAAUAGCAUACAAAAAGAUGGCAUCCGAGCGAGAAGGCUCUGGAAGUUCUGGCACUGGGGAACAAAAGGAAGAUCAAAAGGAGGAGAAGCAGUAGUAACAGCAGUAAAUUUUGAAGCUGAAAGGAUGGCAUAUGAUGAAGCUUGGGAUUGAAGGGACUUCCUGAGCAGAAAUGAGCAAACUUCAGUCUUUUUACUGUGUUUUUGCAGUAUUCUAUA